AUGGCGUUGUCCGCCGCCUCUCUCAGUAUACAGACCGUGCAAAAUCGAAAUUUACUCCUUAUGCAUGGCCUGCUGGGCCAAGUGCUUCAGAACUGCGCUGGACAAGGAGGUCAAUACUCAGAAAUGAUCACGCCAGAUAUAUCAAUAGCUGAUGCGAAAGCGAGCAUGGACGAGGAAACUAUCAAGCAAGCCGUUUCCGCAAAGCAAGCGACUCGUGAAAAGUCACGCUUGCGUCUCCUUAUGACUGCCUGGGAGAUAGAGGAGGCUGAGCGUCAUCAAACGCUUCUUAGCCUACUUCAGCGGAAGAAUGCUCGUGAAUACGUUGAAGCUUCCAAUGAAGCCCACAUGUUCGAAAGACAAUCACCAAGGAUAAGUAUUCUACUGGACCCCUUCAUCAACAGCGCUGAAUCGGAGGAUGACGACGAGAGCUGUUGUGAUGACGUAUCGGAAAUUUUCCAGCUCUCUGACCAUGCCUCCCAAGAAACCAUCAAAGGGAAAGUGGAAAUCAAAGCAAAUACCGAAAUUCCCAGAGUCCACAGGGAAGAACCCAUGUGGCAAUACCGCCAGCGCUCAGAUUGGACUGGCCAUAGAGCGUCCGGUAGUGCCAUCCAAACUGGCUAUACAGCCAGCAGCCACUCACCCCCCUCAACCAAGGCCGCACAGUGCACAAUUGAUGGCAGGUCCAUCGAUGGCACCGUAUGUGCGAUCCCUGCAGUAGGGGCUCCCACAUAUGUACAAUAUGACGAUGAACCCUCUUGGCCGGGACACGAUGGGUGGUGCAUCGACAAUGUCCCAUCCUCAGCUCCCGCGCUCAACGUGGAAGGAAUCCACCAGGCUGUUGAUAACUACAGGCCAGGUCUGAGGAUGCGAGCAGACCACAGCGACGCAUUGCUACGCGUCCCUUCAGUACGUGCAGCGAGUCGAGCAGCACCGUAUGAAGCCUAUCGCCUCGUCAUGGCAUAUGCGAAGCCAAGACCAGGUGAACUAGUUGUACCCGGAUCCUCGAGAGCCGUUCGCAAGCCUGUCCACCUGCGCCUCCCUCCUGUAGAACCCGCAGGCACAGGUCACAUAGCCCAACCAGGCUUGGGCUCCCCUGCCAUAACUGAUCAACCUCUCACGUCCAACAGUACCCAACCACCUCCACUGUCAUCAGCCACCAUCUCACGCAUUGUUGACAGUGCCCACAACGCGUUCAAGAGGGAUUUCCUUAACAACUUGAUGGUGGCGAGCAACGAUUUGAAAGACAUGGCGCUUCGCGCAUUCAAUCAGGGAGUGGAGAUGCAUUCGUCACCAUUGACGAUGAACUCAGUGGAUGCAUGGGUGGCUGGAAGCCAAAAAACCGAAGUGAAGAAGCUCAAAACUAUUCCGAACAGCAUUCGAAGUAUAUUCAAAGAUGUAGGUCAAUCCGCAGUCGAUUUUGCCCUCCCUAUUAGCGAGCGGAACAAAGAGUUGGUGCACCAGCAGGUUUACAUUGAUAGCCUCUGCAUCGGCUUUGCUUACCUCGAUGAUCCAGACACUAAUGCAGCAUUCAGAAACCCUGCCCUCUUCCGCAUAAUCAACCGUGUAUUACUUGAGAAGAGGUUGUCCCGCUGGAUUGACCCAAACAAGUGUGACCACGACAAUAUCAUUGCAUUCUCCAGCACAAUCUUACUUUGGGCGCUGCAGGAGCAUGCUAAGGGCGCCACUUGGCAAGUCAGAAUUUGUCGUUGA